AUGUAUUGCAUGUUGGCAAUAUGUCUAAGUUCAGGUCAUGUGCCUGAUAUAGCCAAUAAUGUACCUCAACGUUGCCUGAAUUCUGCUUCAGUGACUAAAUUUGAAUUUGUCAAUGAUAAGGAAAUAAUUUCUGUCGAUGUCAAACAAACAAAAAUCUUCAGUUCAAGCAAUAAAUUCAAUUGGCUUUUGCAGUGGAUGUCAAAAUAUGGACAGAAAAUGUCCACUAUCCCCACGGACUAUUACUGUAGUAAUACUGUUGUGUUAAGCUAUCAGCCUAUCAGCAGAAAAACAAAAUUUAAGUAAUGAAAACAAUGUUUAAAAAUGUUUAAUUAACUUUGAGUAGUUUAAACAUAAACAUUAACAAAACUAUGGUUCAUAGGCACAAUGAUUAUAACAUGUAUGUGAAGAUAGAUCACUGCUAUUCGCUGACCAACACAUCCAAUUCUCCAACACAUACAAAAUUAAUUUUCAAUAUUGUUGGUAUGAAUAAGGAUGUGAUCAAAAUGAUAAAAGAAGGUAAUAUCAUUAUGAGAGUCAUAUUUUUUUUUAUCAUUUUUAGAGUGAUAUCUAAUACUCACGAUCUUUUUAGCUAAAGUUUAUGCAAUGAACAUGAAGGGGGAGUUUCAGUCUUCACAAAAUGCAUUUUUCUACAAAACGUUGCAAACUCCCAUAAAAACCCUGAUAACUUCGCCUGUCAUAUUAGAUAAGGAUGUCUUUAAAAAUAUAUUGCAGGGCAUAUAUCAUACUAAGAGUUAUCAAUCUUGGUACAAUAAAAAAGGUAAAUAUUGCUUGCAUUUUUAGCAAUUUUUAUUUAACUGGCCCAUAUACAUUCAAAUUGAACUAACCUGAUACAUAUAAGCACUGGCAUAAUUGGUAGGUAGAUAAUGAAUAAUAUUAUUUAUAUUUUAGAAAUACCAUACUACAGAGGAUACCUGUUGUUUGGACCACCGGGUUGUGGUAAGACACCCACAAUGUCUUUGGCUGAAGUAAUAAACCAUAACUACUAUAUGUAUGAUCUUAAUAAUUUAAACAUUUCUGCCAAUCAAAUCUUUAAUUCAACCAAUCUAAUGCUACCUAAGUCAGUUUUACUCAUAAAAAAUAUUGAUGUAAUGCCCACUGCAACAAUACCCACCAUCAACAAAAAAAGUAAGCAUCAUGACAUUCUAAGUUAGUAUACAAAAUCUUCCUAAAUUAGUUGUUUUAAAAUAUUAAAUAUAAUUUUUUACAGCACUAGACAAGACUUUAGUGAAAUUUAGAGAUGUAGUGAAUUUAAUGAACAAUUUAAAUUCAUUUGAAAAUAUGUUAGUGUUUAUGACAGAGGAUCAUGUUAAAGAGUAAGUAUAAUCUUUAACAUAAUAUCUACUAAACACCAAUAAUGUUUGGACAUUGGUUAUAGGUUGGAUGGUGAACUGAUGAGAGCAGGCGGUAUUGAUUUUAAACAGUAUAUUGGACCAUGUUCAGAUUAUCAAUUUUCGCAAUUCGUCAUCAAGUUUUGAAGCUACUAAGAACUACAAAAAAAAAAAUGAUAAAAAGAUUAGUUAUUUCUGUUAAAUUAAUAUGUAUUUGAUAUACUAACCAUCAUUAAGUUAUAGAUUAUGUAUUCAAACAAAUAACUAAUAUAUGUAAGAAUGAAAAAAAUAUUUAAUUAACA